GGGACAAAAGGAGGAACAGGGUGUUAGGACGGGCCUUGGAGGGCUCGGAUGGAAGCAUCCAAAGCCAGCUGGUCUGGCUUUGAGGUAAAUCAAUGGUCAGAUUGAAACAAAGGCAGCAGAAAGAAGAAGGAGAAGAAGAACAAGAGGAAGAGUUGCAGACAGAACAGGAACAAGGAGACAAAGAAAGUAAAUGUGAGCAGGAGGAGACGAAAACAGCAGCAACAAACAGGUUGUCUUGCAACGAGUGUAUCGAGAAGAGUGAAAGAGCGUAAACAAGAAGAGAGACAUUUGCACCAUGUGCUAGGAGAGUGGAAGAAGAGCGUUUUGUUGUUUUUCUGAUAUUGUUGAGGUGUCAGACAGACCAGAGAGGACACAGCCAUGGGGCGGAAGAAGAUACAGAUCACCCGGAUCAUGGAUGAGAGGAACAGACAGGUUACCUUCACAAAGAGGAAGUUUGGCUUGAUGAAAAAGGCGUAUGAGCUGAGUGUACUAUGUGACUGCGAGAUAGCCCUCAUCAUUUUCAACAGCUCUAACAAACUGUUCCAGUACGCCAGCACAGACAUGGACAAAGUGUUGCUGAAAUACACAGAGUACAAUGAGCCCCAUGAGAGCAGAACCAACUCUGACAUUGUAGAGAAAUUGAGAAACAAAGGCCAUAAUGACUGUGCUAGUCCUGAUCCCAGUGAUGACUGUUUUGGGCACAGCCCCCUCAUGGACGACCAUUUCGGCAAACUAAGCGAAGAGAGUGAUUUAUUGUACAAGCGCUGUGGUCCUGCGGCGUUGCCUCAGCAGAGCUUCUCCAUGCAUGUGGCUGUGCCUGUAUCCAAUCCUAAUGCCAUGUACCAGCCGGGAGGAAGUCUGGGCAGCCAGUCUCUGGCAGUGGCCACGACCUCUCUGAGUGACAGUGGGAUGCUGUCCCCUCCACAGGCUUCUCUGCUCAGGAAUGUGGGCUCCAACGGAGGCCCCCAGAGGCCCACCAGUGCAGGAAAUGCAGGGAACGGUUUCGUCAACCCCAGGGGCUCCCCGGGCCUCCACAGCACAGCCAGUGGCAACGGCCUGGGUAAAGUCAUGCCCACCAAGUCUCCACCACCUCCAGGGAACAUGGGGAUGGGAAACCGCAAGCCUGACCUGAGGGUUGUUAUCCCUCCAUCGAGCAAAGGGAUGAUGCCCCCACUGUCAGAGGAGGAGGAAAUGGAUUUGAACACCCAGAGGAUAAGCAGCUCCCAGUCCACCCAGCCACUGGCCACACCAGUCGUGUCUGUUACCACCCCCAGUUUACCCCCACAGGGCCUGGUCUACUCAGGCAUGCCCUCCUCCUACAACCCUGCUGACUACUCCCUGAGCAGUGCAGAGAUCUCUUCCCUACAGGGCUUCAGCUCUCCUGGGCUCUCAUUGGGCUCCAUGUCGGCAUGGCAACAGCAUCAACUGAGCCAGGCAGCUCUUAAUUCUUUGGUUGGUGGAGGUCACCUAACUCAGGGCUCCAGCCUGUCCAUCAACACCAGCCAGAGCAAAAGCAUCAAAUCGGAACCCAUUUCACCACCGCGGGAGCGCGUCACCGCGUCCAACUACCCCCACCAGCACCAGCAGCAGCAGCAGCAGCAGCCGCAGCAAGGGUCCAGCCGACAGGAAGUUCUGGGGCGCUCCCCCGCCGACAGCCUCAGCUCCUCCUGUAGCUCUUAUGAUGGAAGCGAUCGCGAAGACCACCGGCCAGAUUUCCACUCCCCGCUGGGGCUGGGCAGACCCCCUGCCAACUCUGAGGACAGAGAGAGCCCCACGGUCAAGCGUCUGCGCAUGGACACAUGGGUGACAUAAAGUGUCCCGCUCAAGCCUCCAGUCACCAGCCGGUCAGAGAAAGGGAGGGGUUAGACAUGGAGAUGACAGAAAGAACAAGGGUCCUUAGAGCUAUUAUUAUUAUUAUUAUUAUUAUUAUUAUUGUUAUUAUUAUGAUGAUACUAUAAUCCGACUCCAUUUCAAUUUUAUACGACUGAGAUGUAAUCUAAAGUCAAUUCUCAAACUGAUACAGUAACAUUUAAAAAGAAAUCUCAGUUCGCUGGACUGAAUUAUCGCGUGCCCAAGCAGGUGGUUUCAGGUACUUGGUGCAAUCCAGACUCUGCAGGAGAAAGAAAACUGUAGAACAAUAGGAGGUAGAUUAUUGUAGUCACUGGUCUCGUCAGACACUUACAUGUAGAUGCUGUUUUUUUGCUGUUGUGCUCGCAUGUUGCAAACAAUCAGAGAAAGUCGUGUUGAGGACCCUCACGUACAACGUUAACUGCAAGAACGAUCACUUUAAGACUAUGCUGUUACCACCACACUAGACCUUUGUCUCCACCGGCCUCCUCUAAUUUAUUGACCGAGUCGAUCAGGAGAUAAAGACAGCAUGGAGAUUAUCGAUACGAGCCUAUACAGGAACACGAGAAACAACAGUUGAGGAUACUUACGUGAAUAAAUGUAAAACAUGAAAACAAAAAUAGCAUAGCAACAGAAUUUAUUGCAAUAAUGACAUACGAUUCAUUUUAUAAUUUUAAAAGAGUAGGAUAUGCAGUCUAAAUGUGCAAUUAAGGUAUAAAGCAAACAUGUCCAGUUGAACUGGUGAGAAAAAGCCACAUCUUCACAUUUGUACAUCAGUAAUAUAAGCCAAAGCUGUUCUUUUGUGUUCUUUUGUACAGUUGCUAUGGUUUCCCAACAGUACACACGUAAACACAUCAUAUCCUUUGCCAUAGUUUUAUUUUUCAUUGUGCUUCAUCACAAACAGUGUAAAGUCGUGUAAACCACAUCAUGAAUCACUCUCUAAAGCCAUGAACGUUUGCUGUUCUGUUUGUACAAUUGACAAUUUGAGCCAAACGUUUUUUUUUCUGUUUUGUUGUGUAAAUAGCGACUUUAAUAUAUAUCACCGGGGUGUGAAUACAUACUGAAUGUACUGUAUGAGCACCGUUUUCAAGAAAAGUAUAUUUUUGUGGAUUACAGCCAAGUUUACAAGAGUAGACCCUUAAAAAAAGAAAAGUUGAUCAUUCACUGGUCAAUAUUUACUAUCGUGUUCAUUUUACUGUAAUCUCCUAAAUUUAAUUAGCAAUAUAACCUCCUGAGCAUCGUUUUCUCUCUGUAUAAGUGGUCACUGUUUGUCCUGAACACAUUGUAAUAACAAUGCUGUGAGGUUGAAGUUCUACUAUUUUCAUAUUUAUGAAGGAUGAUCACAAGGCUGAAGGGGAAAGUUGUUUUUUUUGUGUUAGCUCGUCUUAGUUGUACACCAGCAGCUGCAGAACACACUGCCAACAUUCAAACCCAACGUCCUUGCCCCACAUGGAAGAAUCAUCUAUUGUUGUAGCAUGUAGCUCCAAAUCAAAGACAUGCCCACAAUCUCAGGCCGUCUCCACUAGCCUGUUCCUGGCAUGGGAUUUAAACAGUAGACAAAGAAAUGUGGUGAAGCUGAGCUGCUGCUGCUGCUGCUGCUGCUGAAACACAAAACUCAUCACGCCUUUGUCCAUGUGUGGUUGUAAAUAUUGCAGUCUACUUAAAAAAACAAGUGUUUCCUUUAAUUGGCACCAGAAAUUUGAAUAUCUAUGAAUAUAUCAAUGCCCUAUAAAGAGUACAAGUACUGAAGGUCUAAGAACCCGAGGAGCUAGAGAAGUGAAAGUCUGAAGGUGUUGCAGACACGGCAUGAUAACCUCAAAACAUUUGAAAACAUUAGGAAGUAAGGUGAGGCUGUGACUUGUUUCCUUCUCCAUCAUCACAGAAGCAAAUGAUUCAGCAGCUGAGUCAUGAGUCUGAUGGCAACAACAACAGUGCACUGUUAAUGACUUUAAUCUCACUGCACACGUGCGCGUAUGAGAGCGACAUCGCGGUGCAUUCACUGACUGAUCUUGUGAGUGUUUUUCAGUUUUCUUUUCUCUCUCUCUCUCUCUCUCUCUGCCCCAUCACCAACUCCACAACACAGUAGUUCUCAGUAUAAGCCCAUAAUGAUCUAUGCAGUUUAAACUUCACUUCACGAGAUGAAUAUAUGUAGAACAUGAUGUCAUGACAGGAAGACGGGCAGAGAGGAAAGACUGUUUUUGUGCCACAACUGGAGGCUGCUGUACGUCAAAGAUGCAGAUAAUACAUUUCUUUUUGAUUUGGAUCCAUGGGGCAAUCCCUUCAUGUUCACAGACAUUAGUAGACAUCACUUUAUGCAGUGGUUCCCAAACACUGGGUUGGGACCCGCAGAUGGAUCACAGGAGAUUAGUUUUGGGUCCCCCCAAACAAAUUUGCAAAAUGUUCUCAACCUUUUAGUUCAGAUUUAUGUGAAUAUGUUUAAAGAAACAUUCAUAAAAUUAAGGUUUUUUGAAAACAUUAUUGAAGUAAUUGUUAGCUAAUUUUAUAGAGUAUUUGUUUUAAUACAUCGAGUUCUCAGAUUUUUUGGCUUCUUAAAAGUGAAUAUUUUUUGGUUGCUUCAUGCGGAACGAAAUCAUUUCGACAUUUGAGAACAUCAUCAUUUAAUUUAAUUUAAUUUAAUUUAAUUUAAUCAAGAAAAUGAUGGACAGAUUAUUCAAUCAUAAAAAUAACCAUUAGUUAAAAUGAAGUUAUCCACUAAUGAUUCAUAAAUUCCAAUUUAUAUUGUGAUUGGUCACGAUUGUUUGCCAUCUUCAAAAAAAAUAAAAAAAGAUUGGGUCCCCCAUAUAGAAAGUUUGGGAAACACUGACUUAAUGUAUAGUAAUUCAUAACUUAAUCCAGUAUAACACAGCAGGUGAGAAAAAAGCAAUAAUGAACAACAAAACUACAAACUAACACCUCAUAGUUGAGCACACACUUCAGCACUUGAUGAACAAAUCAGGGAAUUUUGUAGUUUAUCUGUCGAUAUGCACAGUUAGGAAAAUGCCUUAUCCCAAAGAAGAAUUUACAGCAGUUUCAUUUCUUAGUUAAAAAAGCAGGAAAUGCAGAUGUCACUCAAACGCGAGCACACCUGCCUUUUCUCAGAGAAAAGAAAAGAAAAGACUCACAAGAAAGUCCACGGUGAAUGCACUGGGACCUGCUCUGCUCCUCUGGGCUCUGUAUGAAAAUUCUGCACAACUGAUGAAUGUGAAAGGAAAGGCUAAUCAAUGAAACCUUUGUAGAGGACUUUCUUCACUGCUUUGCUUCUUGGCUUUUAUAAACAGAACUAUGUGUUUGGUAAGUGUUUGUAGUUUGAUAGUUCACUUAACUAAAGAAGCUGUUUUUUCGGUUUGGACGCUCAGACCGUUUGGCGGCACAAGCUGGACUUUGUUGCCAACAAUGAAAUUAUUUGUUUGGAAAUUUGAAAAGAGAUUUUUAAGUUAAUCGACAUUUUAUUUCCCUUGAAUGUGUUUUAUUUUAUUUUAUUUUAAUCAUACUAUAAAUAUUCAAGUGAACUUUUUAUUAAACAAUUAAGAUACUAUGCUAGCUAUUGUUGUACAAAAUUUGUAUUCUUCACAAAAGUACAAAUAUUGGCUUUUCAUGUGUAAUUUUAGGUGAUCUCUUAUUCUGUAUAAAAUGAAGUAAACAACUCUUACAUAGAAUUUGUUCUCCUGUGAAGUCCCCAGCAGUAGAAACUGUCAACUUUAUUAAACACCUCAGUGUAUGCUCAAUCUCAA